GUAGCACCUGCUUUCAUCAGCCACUUCCGCCCCUCCACAUGCACCAAACUGUGUACGACACGGAGUCUUAAACAAUUUGCUAGCUGGGUAAAAUAGAGUACUCAUAUUGAGUUAGUUGUUUUAGUUUGUAGCUGUUAGCUACAUAUAUAUCUCGGGUAACAUGCUUCUUUUUUGUCCAACUUGCGGAAAUGUUUUAAUUGUUGAGGAAGGACAGAAGUGCAUGAGAUUCGCCUGCAACACCUGUCCGUAUGUACACAACAUCACAAGAAAGGUAAAUAGCAGAAAAUAUCCCAAGCUGAAAGAGGUGGAUGAUGUUCUUGGUGGCGCUGCAGCUUGGGAAAACGUGGACUCAACUGCUGAAACUUGUCCCAAGUGUGGGCAUCUUCGGGCAUAUUUCAUGCAGAUUCAGACCAGAUCAGCUGAUGAACCUAUGACAACUUUCUACAAAUGCUGCAAUGCUCAGUGUGGACACCGAUGGAGAGACUGAAACCUUUGCACUUUGAAAAUUGUAAUGUAUUUAAUACUUAUGGCAAAGAUACUCCCAUCAUGUCAUUUUUGAGCCCAUAUUUCAUCCCAACAGGCUCGGGUAGUUAUGGGCGUUCUGUCUAGUCUGUGCAGUUUCUUUUCUCUGCAUAGGCCCAGCCGAAGAAACUUGAAUUUUUUUUGUGUUUGCAGAUUAUAUUUACAUACAGUAUUAACUUUGCAGGCAUAGUUCAUUUUCCAAAAAACAUUAAAAUAAGUUUCAAGGAAAA